AUGGAAGACCCCGCCUCCUCCUCCUCCGCCGGCGGCGCCGCCCUCUCCGGCGCCUACGCCCUGGGCCGCGCCCUGGGGCGGGGCCGCUUCGCCGAGGUCCGCGCCGCCCGCCACGUCUUCACCGGCGAGCCGGUGGCGGUGAAGGUCGUGGACAAGACCAAGCUGGAUGCGGCGGGCGCCGCCCGCCUCCGCCGCGAGGUCCGCUGCCUCCGCCGGGCGCAGCACCCCAACGUGGUGCGCCUCUACGAGGCGGCCGAGUCGCGAACCCGCCUCUACCUGGUCCUCGAGCUGGCCGAGGGCGGCGACCUCCACGACUACAUCCUCCGGCACGGGCGGGGCCGGGCGGGGGGCGUGGCCGAGGGCGCGGCCCGGGGCGUGGCGCACUGCCACGCCGUCCGCGUGGCGCACCGCGACCUGAAGCCCGAGAACGUGCUGGUGCUCGGGCGGGGCGGGGCGGGGCCCGCCAAGGUGGCGGACUUCGGGCUGGGCCGCGGGUUCCGGCCCGGUGGCACGCUGGAGACCAGCUGCGGCUCGCUAGGCUACUCGGCGCCCGAGGUGCUGCUGGGCGAGCGCUACGACGCGCCGGGCGUGGACAUCUGGUCCCUGGGCGUGAUCCUCUACACGCUGGUGUGCGGCCGCCCGCCGUUCCAGGAGGCCAGCGACAGCGAGACGCUAACCAUGAUCAUGGACUGCCGCUACGCCGUGCCGGCGCACGUCUCCGCCGAAUGCAAGGACCUCAUCUCCCGCAUGCUCCAGCGGGACCCCGCCCGCCGCGCCUCGCUGGCCGAGAUCGAGGGCCACGCCUGGCUCCGAGGCGCUGACCCCGCGGCGACCCCCCGAAGCCCCGCCCACGCUGCCGGGCCGUCGCCCGAGGAGCACGAGCUGAUCCUCCGGACCAUGGCGAGCGGGGGGAUCGCCGAGCCGGCGGCCGUGGAGGAGGCGCUGGCGGCCGGCCGCUACGAUCACAUCACCGCCACCUACCACCUCCUCGGGGAGCGACUGCGGCGGGAGAGAACCCAGACCCUACCGGCUCCCCCCUCCCCCGCGCCGCAACCCGACACCCUCCCCGCGGCGGCCCCGCCCCCGGCCCCUCCCCCCCGCCCAACCGGCGUCCGGGGGCUCGGGUUACGCCCCGCCCCUCCGCCCGAGACCCCGCCCCCGAGGAGCGUCCGGCCCCUGGGGCGGAUCUUCGAGGAGGAGGAGGAGGAGGAGGAGGAGGGGGCGGAGAAAGGGGCGGGGUCCGAGGGUCAGCGUCCUUCCCCGGCCAAUCGGAGCGCAGGGGAGGGCCGGACGGGGACGGCCAAUCAGAGCGGAGGAGGGGGGCUGAGGGAGAUGGCCAAUCAGAGCCCGGAGGGUCGGACGGAAACGCCCGACCGGAGUCCGGCCGGCCAAUUAGGACCAACCUGCCAGAGCACAGCUGGCCAAUCGGAGCCGUCCUGCAAGAAUCCGGUGGGCCAAUCAGAAACUCCCUUCCAGAGUCCAGUGGCCCAAUCAGAACCAUCCUCCAAGCACUCAAUUGGCCAAUCGGAAACACCUUCCCAGAUUCCAGUUGGCCAAUCAGAAACAGCCAUUCAGAGUUCAGCGGGCCAAACACAACCAUCCUACAGGAGCCCAGAGAGCCAAUCAGAGCCACCCUCCCAAAGUCCAGUGGGCCAAUUAGAAACAACCUACCAGAAACCAGUCAGCCAAUCAGAAACCCCCUCCCAAAGUCCAGUGGGCCAAUUAGGAACAGCCUCCCAGAAUGCAGCGGGCCAAUCAGAGCCAUCCUACAAGAACGCAGUUGGCCAAUUAGAAACAGCCUCCCAGAAUGCAAUGGGCCAAUCGGAGCCAUCCUACAACAACUUAACUGGCCAAUCAGAAUCAACCUUCCAGAGACCAGUUGGCCAAUCAGAAACAGCCUCCCAGGAUGCAGUGGGCCAAUCAGAAACACCCUCCCAGAAUCCAGCGGGUCAACCAGAACCGACCUCCCAGAAUGCAAUGGGCCAAUCAGAGCCAUCCUACAAGAACCCGGUCGGCCAAUCAGAACCACGCCCCCAGGAUGCAACGGGCCAAUCGGAAACGGGCGCGGACGCCGGACCCGACCACCCCCCGGCGGAGGAGGAGGAGCCCGCGCCCCACGGGCGGGUCAGGAGCCGAAGCCUGCGCGACCGGCUACUGCGCUUCCCGCUAUGCGAGAAGGCGCUAACGUUCAACAUCCCGCCCGCCCCCAAGGACAGGCUCCUCCCCUUCGGCCAAUACAACUGCUGCCGGGUGCUCUAAGCCCUGCCCCCUCCCCCCACGUGACUCUGGGACGCGAUCUAACGCUUCUCGCUAACUCUCCGCGGGGCUACGACCACACAACCCGCUUUAGCCUGCCGCUAUCGUGCUAAUACACCGGCCCCCCGUUCUAGCGCUACGUUAGCGAAGUCAGCGUUAGCCUUUUGC